CCACUGGAAUUUGAACUCGAGACUUCAUACUUCUCAAUGCACUUUAUUGACCACGAGGCCACACCCUUUGGAGCACUAAAAAAGGAUCAAUAUUUGCAAGCCAUAAAGAUGAGAACACUUGAUUUCUAAUAGUAAUGAAACUAAAAGCCAACCAAAACUUAGAUAGAACACUAUAGAGCCAGAUCACUAAGUGCUUUAUAAACAUCACAUUAUCUGUCAUUUGAGCUGUUUUAAGAGAGUGCCUAAUCAACCAAGAUUUAAGAAAUGAACAUCAAAUAGGAAUUUUGGUGAUGUGUAAAAGUGUCUUCCACAGAAAAAUGAUGACACACAUGCAUAUGAUUGCAAUCCAAAAAAGCAUCAAUGUUCUUGCACAUGAGGCCUGGAUUUUCUCAUAAUUCAAGUUUUGAAAAACACACAUGAUGGAAGGAAGAAAACAAGCUGUUGAAUCAAAUCCCCAGCUAAGAAAAUGUUGUCCCAUUAUUUAAAUAACCUCCAAGAAUUAGCCCCCCCAUAUGGAGCCCAAGCAAGUGAGGAAAAAAAAUUCAAGAUUCUAUUAAAAAGGAUAGCCACACUAUAUAUAGGCCUGGAAAACAUGCAAAGUGACAUUUGCUGUCUAAUCUCAAUAGAUAAUAAGCCAAAAACAAGAAUAUAAAGUAGGGAAGACUCAUAAAUCAUAACAAUACUAUACUACCAAGAGGAAGAUAAGAAAUAAACAAUCAAGAUUUAUUCCACAAAAAACUCAAGUAGCCCAUCAUCAUGAUAUAAUAACAAAAGAUGAACAGACUCAGAUGAGUAAAGUUUUAAAAAACCAGAACUUUUUGGUCCCAGUCACAAUGAAACUGUAAUCACAUAGCUGACUCAUUUGCUAAUGUCAAAAGUCCAUUUUUUGUUAUAGGAAGUUUACUGUGAGAUUCAUGUUUUUUUCUUGUCGUUCGAGUUGUUCUCUUACUAUCUGUUGUUCUUUGUACCUAGAUUAUUGUAUUGUUUUGUUGUAGUUUCAGUUCUGUUACUGUAUGUUUUUUUUGUUAUUAUUUGUUGUUUCUUGUACUUCCAUUUCGGGACUGAGUUGGAACAUCUUUCCUUGAGCCGAUGGUCUAUUGGAAACAACCUCUAUACCUCUGAGGUAGGGGUAAGGUCUACGUAUAUUCUACCCUCGUCAAACCCUACCGACUACUGGGUAUGUUGUUGUAAUGUGAGUUUCAUGUUUUACCUCAAAAGUACACAAAAGACAAAUGCCUGCUUUAUGAGGUGAAAGAUAAGGGCAGAGGCAAGACAAGACACAAGUACAAAAAGAAAUUUUAACUGUUGGGAGUUUUACAUUUAAAGGGCAGCCUGGUGCACAAAAGUUAUCGCUAUGCGCGGUGUCCGGGGAAGGGCCCCACCACAAGGGUGUUUGUUCGCAGCCUUACCUUCCAUUUCUGCAAGAGGCUGUUUCCAAGGCUUGAACCCGUGACCUCCUGGUCUCAUGACAGCAAAUUUACCAGCAAUUUUACACUACAUAUUUUAACCUCAUACAAGAAGCCAAAAGACAGUUGGAUUCAAUGCAUGUAUCUCACAUGAAAGUCUGAUCUUGGUGGAUGAGACAGGCAAAGAAUUUAAAGGUUCUUAUAUCCAAAAAGUACAGUGAUAGGGCCUUUUCUAUCUAUUCAAGAACAUUGGGGUUGCACAUACUUACCUAGCUAUUUCUGGUGUGGGGCACCCUCCCAAUACUGCCAUUUCAGAAACUGCUUCUCUAUUUAUGAGAUAGACACUGUGAGUAAAGAGGAUGAUAUUUCAGGUGUGACAGAUAAGUAUAACAACUGAAAUAAAUAGAGAGAAUCCUACAACCUCAGCCUGUCUUGCUAUUGUGCUGCAACAGCUAAUAUCAGUUUCUUACUGAAUCAUGAUACAUGCAUGGAGGAUAUGAGUAAAGAAGAAUGCAACAGCAAUGAGUCUGGUUGGACGAUGUAUAUCGGUUCAUCUUACUGUGAUUAUAAUCAAGGAGACGAUGACGAUGACAAUGAAGGAACUCCAAGGAAAGGAUACAAAAAUGCUGAUGAUGGUGGGAGUGACGACUCCAUGACUUCGGAUGCUUCAUCUGGUCCAAGUCAUCAAGGAGUAUGUACAAACAUAGAGCAAAGUUAUGGGAAGUAUGAAAUCAAGCAUGCAGAAAAAGACACCAGGAAGUUCUCAAGCAAGGAACAACAGAAACUGGCAAAGAAGAAAUUGUCUGAUAAGAAUACAAAAGCAGCGAAAGAAGAUUCAGGUCAUAAAGCAAAGAGUGGCAAAGGUUAUGGCUAUUGCAGAUCAACGACAAGAGGAAAGCAUGCGAAUUAAGUGCCAAACUGAGACGCCACAAUCACUGCAAAUCCUUCUUCUUUGAUUCUUCACCCUCAACAAGAGGGAGUAUUUCAAAUUUUUUUUCACUUUGGUCACCGAUGGUGAAAGAAGAGAGAUCCUGUAAAAUAUUGGGCAAGCCUAUUCAGCUCAUGAACAACAACUAUAAUGCAUCAUAUAUCCUAUAAUGUCCAGAUUUAAGAGUCUGUCAUCCAUGAGGUAAAUUCACAUAUCUUCUAGUGUCAAGUUUUCAUCUCUUCCUUCUCGACCGAUAAAUCUCCUCAAUCAAUCACUCUAUGAUAACUACCGGAGUUCCAAUAAAAGAAGUUAACUGUGGAAGUUGUUAUAAUCUUUCCCUUCUGUUUCUUGUUCAAAUAGAAGUUAGUUUUUUGAGUU